CCUUUGCUGGGUGAGGCUACUUAAACUGAAAUGGUUACUUUGAGUCAGCCCAUCCAUAGUAGCUACUAUGGACCUAAUAGUAGGCUCUGAGAGUUACAAAAACAGUGAUUGAAACAAUCUUAAGGAGAUUGUAUUCUAUAAGGGAAAGCAGCUUGUGUAUACUAUAAGGUAGUUAAAACAAAGUAGGUAGGUAGGAAGGGAAAAAAAAACUUUUAUUGAAUGUAGUCCUUGAGUUACAGCUUGAGAAAUGCUAUGAAGUGUCAAUUAGGGAGGAGAUUUGGUAGAUAGUAAGCACAAAAGUUUGGAGCUAUGAGAUGGAGUGCUGGGUCAGGAUAAUAUAAUGUAUAAUAAUAAUAUAAUAUAUAAUAAUGUAUAAUACAUAAUGAAGUUGGAGAAUUAUUUUAAGACUAGGUUGUAAAGGGCUUUAAAAGCCAAAUAGAUUUUUAUUCAUCCUAGAGGUAAUACAAAGCUGCUGGUGUUGAUUGAGUAGGGGAGUGUCUGCUGUGAAUAAAAAUCACUUUGGCACUUGUGAGGAAGAUGGAUUGGAAUGGUGAGAAACUUGAGGUAGCGAAACUGAGGUAGGGCCUGAAUAUAGAAAGAAGGGGUUAAGUUUAAGAAAUACUGGUGAAGUAGAAAUGGCAAGACCUGGAAUUGAGGGAAAGAGUGGUGUUAAGGAAAAUGCUGUGGUUAUGACUAUGGGAGCCUGGAAAAAUAGUGCUUUUGACCGAAAUAGGAAUAUUUGGAAGAUCAGUGUGAUGUUAUUUUUUUUAAUUGCUAUUUUGAAACUCUGCUAUUCAUUUCAUUUUAUAAAGUAAAAUUUCCCCCAAUUACGUGUAAAAAUAAUUUUAACAUUUUUUUUUUGAAGUUUUGAGUUCUAAAGUCUAUCCCUCCCAUCUUCCUCUCCCCUAUCCUUGAGAUGGGAAGCAAUCUGAUAUAGGUUUUAUAUGUGUAAUCAGCAAAUUCGAACUAUAAGCAAGUAAGCUUGCAUUAUAUAGUCAGAUGCUUUUAGGUCUUUCUCUGUAGGUGAAUAGCAUUUUUUAUCAUGAGGCCUUUGGGAUUAUCUUGCUUUAUUGUAUUCCUGAGAAUAGUUAAGUCAUUCAUGGUAUUACUGUUAUUGUUUACAAUAUUCUUAUGGUUCUGUCCAUUUCACUUUGCAUUAAUUCAUGUAAGCUUUUAUAAGUUUGUCCAGAAAUAAUCUGUUUAUUAUUUCUUAUGGUACAGUAAUAUUCCGUUAUAAUCAUGUACCACAACUUGUUCAGCUAUACAAUUGAGGAGUUGAUGAGAAUCCUCUCAAUUUUUUUUUUUCAGUUCUUAAUCACCACAAAAAAAAGCUGGUAUCAAUAUUUUUGUACAAAUAGAUCACUUUCUCCCCCCAACCCUACACCUACCUUUGAAAAAAUCUCUUUGGGUGAUUUUGCUAGAUCGAAGAGUAUACAUAGUUUUAUAGCCCUUUAAGUAGUUCCAAAUUAGAGUGGUGUAUUUUGAAAGAAAAGAGGAAUUCUCUUUUGUACAUAUUAAAUAUAUGCUGCUUAUCGAAUUAGGCAGUUGUAGACUAGAACUCAGGAGAGAGAGUAGGACUAGAUAUGUGAAUUAUCUGUGUAGACAUAAUAAUUGAAUCCAUGGUCACUAGCAGUAUAGUUGGAUUAGCGAAGAGGGCCCAGCUCAGAAUUUAGGGUAAAGCCUCUAAAGAAGGGCAAUUCUAGAUGAUAAUCUGGCAAAAAAAAAAAAAAAAAAAAAAAGAUUGAGGAACUGGUAAGAUAUGUGAGCAAGAGCAUAAGAAAAAUAGGCACAUUAAACUGAAAUUGUUCAACAAACUUAUUUUAAGUUACCUUAAUGACUUAAUAAAUGCUUUUUAAAUGCUCUAAAAAAUAUUUUUACAGAUAUUUUUUUGUUUUUUACAGCUUUAACAUUUUCAAUAUAUUUGCCCCAUAUCAGAGCCAUUCUUUCUAACAAAGUAAAAAAAAAAAAAACUGAUAUUAAAAAAAUAUUGAUAUAAUGAAAAAGUUUAAUAUCUGUGAUAGUCUAUACAUUCAUAGUUCCCUAUUUCUGUAAAAAAGCAGGAGGGUAAUUUUUGAGGAGAAUGUUUUUAAUUUUGUUAAUUAGGAGAGUAGUUGAACAGUAUGGACAGAAAGGCCCAUAUUGGGAAUUUGGAGAACUUGGGUUGUAAAUAUCUGACAUUCUAUGUGACUGAGACAUUUAAUAAUCUUUGUGCUUCAGGUUCUCAUUAACAAAAUGAGAAUGCUAACAUUUUUUCAUCUUACUUCUGCCAUAUAGUUAGAUUUAAUGAAAUAGAUGCUUCACUUAAUAGUAGCUAAUAUUUAUAUAGCACUUACUAUGUGACAAGCACUGUGUUAAAUGCUUUACAAAUAUUUUGUAUUCACAAGAAUUCUGUGAGGUGCUACCUUUUUACAGAUAAGGAUACUGAAGCAAACAAGGGAAAUAGACUAUAUAUGCCCAUUUGUUUAAUUAUUAAAGAUAUUUAAUGUUCGUGGAUAUCCCCCCCUCUUUUUUCUGUAGGUCUCUCCAUGGUAAUGAAAUAACUGAAACUAAAUUGGUGACCUGUGUUAUAAGAACAAUCACUCAAGAAUACUUCCAGAUGAAGACCACAUUGGAAAUUUCUGCUUAUGUGAAGGUUCCUUUUACUGCUGCAUUGGAGAAUGAAAUAAUCUCAUAAGAAAACACUAAUAUCCUGCAAUGAGAGGUAUAGAACAAACUAGUUACUUUUGCAGUUGACUUCAAAUAGUUCAGUGAUUAGAGCCUUCUCUGGAAAACAUCUUCCCUCAUUCCUCAGGAGUAUUUCAAUUGACCUUAACUGUUCUGCAUGCUCAUUAUGAAUAAAGAAGUCUCCCUGGUAUGAAAUAGCUCAACAUGAGUGGCCUCGGAGACAGCUCGACAGACCCUUCCAACCCAGAUUCACACAAGAGAAAAGGAUCACCAUGUGACACAUUGGCAUCAAGCACCGAAAAGAGGCGCAGGGAACAAGAAAACAAGUAUUUAGAAGAGCUGGCUGAGUUACUGUCUGCUAACAUUGGUGACAUUGACAGUCUGAGUGUAAAACCAGACAAAUGCAAGAUCUUAAAGAAAACAGUCGAUCAGAUUCAGCAAAUGAAAAGAAUGGAACAAGAGAAAACAGCAACGGAUGAUGACGUCCAGAAAUCAGACAUCUCGUCAAGUAGUCAAGGAGUAAUUGAAAAGGAAUCUUUAGGACCACUUCUCUUGGAGGCCUUGGAUGGAUUUUUCUUUGUCGUGAAUCGUGAAGGAAGAAUUGUUUUUGUGUCAGAAAAUGUGACUAGCUACUUGGGUUACAAUCAGGAAGAACUGAUGAAUACCAGUGUCUACAGCAUAUUACAUGUGGGAGAUCAUGCAGAAUUUGUCAAGAAUCUGCUACCAAAAUCACUAGUAAAUGGAGUUCCAUGGCCUCAGGAAGCAACAAGACGAAAUAGCCAUACUUUUAACUGCCGGAUGCUAAUUCGCCCUCCAGAUGAACCAGGUACAGAAAAUCAAGAAGCUUGCCAGCGGUAUGAAGUAAUGCAAUGUUUCACUGUGUCACAGCCUAAAUCAAUCCAGGAAGAAGGAGAAGAUUUCCAGUCAUGUUUGAUUUGUAUUGCACGGCGUUUACCUCGUCCUGCAGCUAUUACGGGUUCAGAAUCAUUUAUGACCAAGCAAGAUACUACAGGCAAAAUCAUCUCUAUUGACACCAGCUCCUUGAGAGCUGCUGGUAGAACUGGCUGGGAAGAUUUAGUGAGGAAAUGCAUUUACGCCUUUUUUCAGCCUCAAGGCAGAGAGCCAUCUUAUGCCAGGCAGCUAUUUCAAGAAGUGAUGACUCGUGGCACUGCCUUCAGCCCAUCCUAUAGGUUCAUAUUGAAUGAUGGGACAAUGCUUAGCGCCCACACCAAGUGUAAACUUUGCUACCCUCAAAGUCCAGAUAUGCAGCCUUUCAUCAUGGGAAUUCAUAUCAUCGACAGGGAACACAAUGUUCUUUCUCCUCAAGAUAACACUAAUUCUGGAAUGUCACUUCCUCGAAUAAACCCAUCAAUAAAUCCUAGUAUCUCUCCAGCCCAGGGCAUGGCCAGAUCAUCCACACUUCCACCUUCUAACAACAGCCUGGUGACUCCUAGAGUAAACCACCAACCAAGCUCUGACCUUCAUAGCAGCAGCAGUAAUAGUAAUUCCAACACCAGCCAAGGGAGCUUUGGCUGUUCAUCUGGAAAUCAAGUUGUAGCCAGUGUUGCCUUAAACCAGGGACAAGCUGGUUCCCAGGGCAGUAAUCACUCUUUAAGCCUCAACAAUUCACCAAUGGAUAGUACAGGAAUUACCUUAGCACAGUUUAUGUCUCCAAGAAGACAAGUUAGUUCUGGAUUGGCAACAAGGCCGAGAAUGCCAAACAAUUCUUUUUCUCCCAAUAUUCCUUCAUUGAGUUCCCCCAUUGGUAUAGUAGGUAGUGCCUGUGGUAAUCCUAAUAGGACUUAUUCAAACAUCCCAGCAACUUCUUUACAGGGUAUUAAUGAAGGACCCAGUAAUUCCAUCGGCUUUUCUGCUACUUCUCCUGUUCUCAGACAGAUGAGUUCACAAAAUUCUCCUAGCAGAAUGAAUAUGCUCCCAACAAAAGCAGAAUCCAAAGACAGCAAAGAGAUCACUUCUAUUUUAAAUGAAAUGGUCCAAUCGGACAACAGUUCAAAUGAUGUUAAACCACUGGAUUCAGGCCUCUUGCAUAAUAGUGACAAACUUUCAGAGGGAGAAAAUAAAUAUUCUCAAACCAGUCAUAAACUAGUGCAGCUUCUAGCAACAACUGCUGAACAGCAGCUACGACACACUGAUGCUGAUACAAGUGGCAAAGAUGCGUUAUCUUGUUCAGGCACUUCAACUUCGACAUCUAAUAACUCUUCAUCUUCAAGCAACACUUGCCCUUCUUCUCAUAGUUCAUUGACUGAGAGACACAAAAUUCUACACAGACUCUUACAAGAAGGUAGUCCUUCAGAUAUAACUACUCUGUCAGUGGAGCAUGACAAAAAGGAUAAUGGUUCUAACUCUGUGAGUAAUCAAGUGCCAGGGAACUCCAAUAUAAAAUUAGAACUAGAGGCUUCAAAGAAAAAGGAAUCAAAGGACCACCAACUAUUGCGGUACCUUUUAGAUAAAGAUGAGAAAGACUUACGAGCAGUUCCAACCUUGAGUUUGGAUGAUGUGAAAGUGAAAGUUGAAAAGAAAGAGCAGAUGGAUCCUUGUAACACAACCCCAACGCCACUUACUAAACCUGCACCAGAGGAAAUCAAGUUAGAGUCCCAAAAUCAGUUUCCAGCUGACCUUGAACAGUUUGAUCCAUUACUGCCAACACUGGAGAAAGCAUCACAGCUGCCAAGUUUAUGCGAGUCAGAAAGGAUUGAAGCUGGAGGCACUGGGGUAACCGUCAAAUCAGAAAUCCUGCCAACUGCCCUUCAGUCUACCCCAGUCAGGCCUCCUCCCCGGCUGAAUAGAUUGCCUGAACUUGAAUUGGGUGGUCUAGAUCAUCAGUUUGGGCAGCCAGGAAUAGAUGACCAAGUUCCAUGGGCAAAUAACACAUUAACUGCUAUGAAUCAAGGACCUCUGAAUAAACCAGAAGACCAGUGCAUUACCUCCCAGCUAGAUGAGCUUCUAUGCCCACCAACAACAAUAGAGGGAAGAAAUGAUGAGAAGGCCCUUCUUGAUCAACUGGUAUCCUUUCUCAGUGGCACAGAUGAAACUGAAUUGGCUGAACUAGACCGAGCCCUUGGAAUUGACAAACUUGUCCAGGGAGGUGGAUUGGAAGUAUUGACAGAAAGAUUUCAACCACAACAAUCAACACCACCUUUAAUGAUGGAGGAAAGGUCUAGCCUAUAUUCUCAGCCUUACUCUUCAGCUUCACCUACUACAAAUCUCCCUAGUCCUUUCCAAGGCAUGAUUAGGCAAAAGCCUUCCAUGGGAACCAUGCCAGUUCAAGUACCACCACCUCGAGGAGCUUUUCCUACUAAUAUGAGCAUGCAGCCUCGCCAGAGUCUGAACAGACCUCCAGCCGCUCCCAACCAACUUAGACUUCAACUGCAACAAAGGUUGCAGGGACAGCAGCAGUUGAUACACCAAAAUCGGCAGGCUAUCUUAAACCAGUUUGCAGCAUCUGCCCCCGUUGGCAUUAAUAUGAGGUCAGGCAUGCAACAACAGAUCACACCACAGCCUCCUCUGAAUGCCCAGAUGUUGGCACAGCGACAGCGAGAAUUGUAUAGUCAACAACACCGGCAAAGGCAGCUAAUACAACAGCAGAGAGCUCUAUUAAUGAGACAACAAAGUUUUGGGAACAACCUCCCUCCUUCAUCUGGACUCCCAGUUCAAAUGGGAACUACUCGUCUUCCUCAGGGUGCUCCACAGCAAUUCCCUUACCCUUCUAGUUAUGGUACAAACCCAGGAACUCCUCCAGCCUCCACCAGCCCAUUUUCACAACUGACAUCAAAUCCUGAGGCAUCCUUGGCCAGCCGCAACAAUAUGGUCAACAGAGGUAUGACAGGGAAUGUUGGAGGACAGUUUGGUACUGGAAUCAAUCCUCAGAUGCAGCAGAGUGUCUUCCAGUAUCCAGGAUCAGGAUUAGGCCAACAAGGUGAACCCAAUUUUACUCCAUCUCUCAGUCCUGGCAGUCCCAUGAUGUCACUGCAGAUUCCUCCAUCCCAAAGCCCUAUGCUGCAGCAAGCUCAGCCCUCUUCAGGCUACCAAUCACCAGACAUGAAGACCUGGCAGCAAGGAGCAAUUGGCAAUAACAACAUGUUCAAUCAGAACCAGCCUACACCUGCACAGCCAGGAGUAUACAACAAUAUGAGCAUCACCGUAUCCAUGGCAGGAGGAAACACAAAUGUCCAGAAUAUGAACCCUAUGAUGGGCCAGAUGCAGAUGAGUUCACUGCAGAUGCCGGGAAUGAAUACAGUGUGUUCUGAGCAGAUAAAUGAUCCAGCACUGAGACACACAGGCCUUUACUGCAAUCAGCUUUCAUCAGCUGACAUUCUCAAAACAGAAUCAGACGGCAGUGCCCAGCAGGUGCAGCAGGUUCAGGUGUUCGCCGAUGUCCAGUGUACAGUGAAUCUGGUAGGCGGGGACCCUUACCUGAACCAACCUGGGCCCCUGGGAUCUCAAAAACCCACAUCAGGUCCGCAGAACCCCCAGGCCCAGCAGAAGAGCCUCCUUCAGCAGCUACUGACUGAAUAACCACUUUUAAAGGAAUGUGAAAUUUAAAUAAUAGACAUACAGAGAUAUACAAAUAUAUUAUAUAUUUUUCUGAGAUUUUUGAUAUCUCAAUCUGCAGCCAUUCUUCAGGUCGUAGUAUUUGGAGCAAAAAAAGGGGUUUGCUUUUUGCUGAGGGUCGGGGAGGUGUUUUUUUUUUUUUUGCUUUGUAAAGGCCUUGGAUAUUGAGAGAGCGACUCAGCAGGACAGUUGGACAAUCGAUUUUUUGAGCCAAAUUAAUUGUUCUUAUUUUUAUAAUCAGUCAUUGGCUUCUUAUCUGAAUGAAGGCUUUUGGAGGAGAAUCAAGAUGAAAAGUUCCAAGGGGAGAAAGAAACUCCAUUUCACCUGGAUUUGACUCUGACCCUAUCAUGGAGGAAGGAAGGGUUUGGCAACCUUCAGCAAAAAACAAACAAACAAACAAACAAACAAACAAACAAAAAACUUUAAAAAAAAAAAAAGGAACAACUAUAAAAGGCUGUCCUCUUUCUGUAAAGCCUAUCCCACUCCCAGGCAGCUUGUGUGUACAAUCAGCUUCUUCUAGCAAUUCUAUGUCUGUUGGCUUCAAGAAAGUAUUUUGCACCUCCUCCUCCCCAUUCCGUGUUUUUUUUUUUUUUUUUUUUUUUUAAAGAUGGUUUAAAUCAAGAUGCCUCCAGUGUUAGAGGCUGAAAUAUGUACAUUUGCAAGGGAUUUUUAAAAAAGUACAGUUUGGGGGAAAAUGCAAUAAUUUUUUUGAAAGGGUUGGGGAAGGACAAAGAGUAAGGUCUUUUGAGUUAUUGUAGAUACAAUUUUCUGAUUAAAUGUGGAAAAAAAGGCAGUCUGUUCUUUCUGCUUUUAUUGUAUUAACAGCUAAGGUAGCUAAAGUUAUUUAAAAAUAAAAGUAAAUUCUAUGAUCCAAGCAGCUUAUUCUGCCCUUUAAAUCUCCCUGUAAAUAUUUGAUUUCUUGUAGAAAUUUAUUUCCUUCUGUUUAGCUUUCUGCUUUUAAUAUCACACUUGAUUUUUCUAAAUUUUGUGUAAAAUAUAACUUGUUGAUUGAAUUGCGAUUCUGAAACAUUUGGCUAUUUCAAUAUUUUAAUUACUGUGAUGCCAUUUAUGGAUUUACUUUUAAGAAUUUACAACCAAUAAUGUCACUGCCAGAAAGUGCCGUUCCCUGCUUCAAGGGGAACCAAUAGCUAUGCUAUAUUGAAGAGUCCCAUGGGGCAAACUGACUUGUUCCAGAGAACUGUACUAAGAGCUAUCUAUUCUUGCGAGUAAAUGUCAAAAUUACAUAGGCUUCUUAUUUGAAUAAAGGGAAAAAUUAGUUCUCAAAGAAAUUCUCACUUUUCAGGUUUUAAGGUUAGGAUUUGAAUUAACCACCAAUCCAGACAUAAUUGUUUCUAUAUCAGGCUGGGAAAAAUCUACCUCCUGCUAUAGGGCUAAUUUUAUUCCUUUGUAUUAUCCUUCCCCCAUAUAAGGGAUCCAUUGAACCCAUUUCCUGCCUUUAGAAAUUUCACUGUGAGAAUAGGAAAGCUUGAGAAUGGCCUUGUGAAAGAACCAGAGAUGGCAUUAUUAGCUUCCCUGGGCCCACAAAUGAUGAUAUUCUCCACCCCUACUACCUCUGCUUUCUGGGCAAAAGAAUAAUAUUUAAGAACAAAGAACAUAGAUUCCAUCAUUAAAGAAGCCAUUUUCUUAGCCCUUACCCUCCUGCCCAUUCAAUUUCCCCCAGUUAGAACUAUCUUAUCUAAUAUAAAAAAUAGUUCAGAAAAAUGUAAUGAAUGAAAAGAUGAAGAGCUAAGUAACAAUGUGUAGUAAUCGCAAAACAAAAACAAAAUAUUCAUAAAUUCUUCAUAAACUUCAUCCUUGAUCCAUUCAUUCCCAGCCUGCAUUACUGACUGCCAGCCCUGCAUUACUCUAAUCCUACAACUUAUUGCCCUGUUACCCUAGGGUGGAGGCAAGGGAGAAUUUCUCUUUUGUUUGUCACAUGUGGAUGUACAAUCAGACUUCAGGAUGUUCAACUCUCACUUCAGCAUUCCAAGUGAAGUUUCCUGGCUGACUGCUUUUGUAUAAGGAACUAGGAAAAAAUGUAGAGAAUACAGAAGAUGCCAACAUAAGACAGCACCUCUCCCAUCCCAAUCCAGCUGCACCUUAAAGUAUGCAUGUCACCUUAAAAGUUUUUAUAGUUGCACUGUUUGUUUUAUGUUUGUACAGUUUAAAAUGAUUGCUAAAUUUGAGGAAAAUAAAAUUGCUUGCACCUAUAA